AUCCUGGUCGGGAGGCCUGCGGCGUGACAGACUCUCCAAGAUGUCAAUGCUGGCUGAGCGUCGGCGAAAGCAGAAGUGGGCUGUGGACCCAAGAAAUACAGCAUGGAGUAAUGAUGAUUCCAAGUUUGGCCAGAGGAUGCUGGAGAAGAUGGGGUGGUCUAAAGGAAAGGGUUUAGGAGCUCAGGAGCAAGGAGCCACAGACCAUAUUAAAGUUCAAGUUAAAAAUAACAACUUAGGACUUGGAGCUACAAUCAAUAAUGAAGACAACUGGAUUGCUCAUCAAGAUGAUUUUAACCAGCUUCUGGCUGAACUGAACACUUGCCAUGGCCAAGAAACAACAGACUCCUCAGACAACAAAGAGAAGAAAUCAUUUAGUCUUGAAGAAAAGUCCAAAAUUUCAAAAAACCGUGUUCAUUAUAUGAAAUUUACAAAGGGGAAAGAUCUAUCAUCUCGGAGCAAAACGGAUCUUGAUUGCAUUUUUGGGAAAAGACAGAGUAAGAAGACUCCUAAGGAUGAUUCCUGCUCUGCCACUCCAGAGGAGAAUGAAACCUCCACGACAACAACCAGUGCCUUAACCAUCCAGGAAUAUUUUGCCAAGCGGAUGGCAAAGCUACAGAGCAAGCCACAAGUUGCAGCUACAGAUCCUGAGUCUUCAGAAGCCCAAAUUGAAUGGAAAAGAGCAAAGAAAAGAAAGAGUGAAGUAAAAGAUAAAAAUUUGGAGAAUAACACCAAAUCCAAGGCCAAGCGGCUUAAAAAAGAAAAGCCUCAGGAAGAAGAAGAGAACCCCAUGUGUGUGGCCAAGAAGAAAAGAGACCAAGUUGAACAGCAGCUCAGAGACCCUUGUUGUGAUGAGAAUUCUGUAUCUUCUGCCUCAAAUGGAGAGGAUUGCGUGUGGCCACCUGAUGACCAGGACUGUACCCCAAAGCCUAAAAAAAGGAAACAAAAGAAAAGGCUGAAAAAGCAAGUAGAAGCAGUAGUGGACCCUAGGCUACAUGAAACACCAGUGAAGAAGAAGAAGAAGAAGAAGAAAGGUUCCAAAUAA